GUAGUCAUAAAGUUCUCUUUGCCAAGUCACUGCCCUGUCUCUCCAAAUGCUUCCAGUGAAUGCUAAAUACCUUCACCAUAGUUUGUCUGAUACUCUUAGUCAAGAUCAGGAUUGGCUAUGUUAGUACUUACACAUUCACAUGAGAAUUCUGGUUCUGGUACCAGUUUUGUAAAGAAAUUAGUAAACCUGGCUGAUGCUUGAAGGUAGUUGGAUUAACAGGAAAGAAAAGAGACUUCUUUUCUAGCCAAGAUGAAAGAUAAACAAGACAUUCAGGAAGCUCCAGAGGCAACGCAGAAUAAAGUCGACAAGCAGGAAGAUAAGAUGGAGAAACAAGAACAAAGAGAAGACAAACUUGGAGAUCCCGCAGUACAUUCUUCAGUACAUUUUCAAAAACGAAAGAUAACGGGUUCAGUUGCCACAACACUGUCAUUGUCAUCUCCAUUAUCCAGCGGAGUAACUCUUGGCUACUAUCUUUCUAGUCCUCGGAUUAGUGGAUUAACUAUAUCAACAACUGGACAAUUUACUUCUAAAGCUACUAGAGGUAAUGGUUCCCAAGAGGAAAACAGCUUGGAUCCCUUCAUAGUUCCAAAGAAACAUGAUGAAUCACCCAUAAUUGGGGAUGGAGAAGAUUAUUUUCUUUCUUUGUUUGGUGAUUCAAAAAACCGUAUAGCACACUCAAGCUACACUGAGAAAACUUCCAAAUACUUUUCUACGAUUCUUGAAGAAGUUGGCCAAUGUACCUCCAGUUCUCUUGGAGAUGUUAAAAUAGCUGAAGUGAAUGUCAAGGGUUUGUUCAUAAAGCUCAUUAACUCUUCCCUUGACAAAGAAAUGGCCAUUGGAGAUCAUAUUCUCCAGCAAAAUGUGAAUGGACAAACAAUUUCUUUGUACCAAUUCCUUCCAAAUAUCAUAAUGCAGGCCAAUUCCACAGUAACCGCCGUUGCCUGGUACACCCCUAUCCACUGGAAGCAAGCAUGGGAGAAAUUAGAGACUGACAUUGAAUUUAGCAGAUGUUCAGUAGUAUCUCCAACAUUCCAAAGGCACAAGUUUCAGUGGACAGCAUCUACAGCUACAAUAACUAAAGAAAAAGAAGAUCAACCUAAGAACCACAUUUCAAACUAUCAGAUGGAACAAGCUCAAGUUUUUCUUAAAAGAGAGAAGGAAAUCCCACCAACCGUUUUCCCCAAUCGCAGCCCUUGGUGCCAGAAUCCCUAUGUCUCUGCACAUCCUUACUGUCCUCUGAUUGAACCACACAAUAUAUGCAUCACUGGAGGCAGCUUGGAUAGACAGCCCAGGUCUCAGUCAACCAGACCUAAUCGAGCCCCAGGAACUAAGAAAAAGAAGACAUCUGAGUCACAAAAAGCAAUAGGCAGUCAACUCAACCUUUAAAGCUUUACCUUUAUGGUGUUAUGGUCCAGCUCUAUGGAAGCAUAAAAAGAUGUGCAAUCUAGGCUCCCCAUCACGCUGAUCAAAGACAUUUCAUAACUUAAAGAAAAUCAAAUGCCUAAGCAAAUGUAGUGGGUUUCACUUUCAUAG